AUGGUUAACUGCUACAUCUUUGCCCUUGCCGGCCUUGCCGCUCAAGUCAGCGCCCUGCCCUUGAACAUUAACCUUGGUGCCUACUCUCCUGCCUUGGUGGUGGGUGAUGGUGAAAUUUCAUUCGGCGGCAAGAGCGAUGUUUCCCAGUUGAUGAACGUACUGGAGGGCGCGGCAGUCAAUGCUGCUCAAGGGGCGGGCCAGGCUGCUGGCAACGGCGCGGGUCAAGGUGCUGGCAGAGCCGCCCCGGCCACCGCUGCCCCGGCUGCUGCCCCGGCUGCUGCCCCGGCUGCUGCCCCGGCUACUGCCGCGGUUCAGGAAACGCCGAAUCAGGAAAUUCAACAGAACCAGCAGGCUCAGCAGUCCGUCGCUGAUAUUCAGGGCGGCGCCACUCCCGUUACUGCUAUUUCUUCGGACAACCAAAUCAACGAGGCCCAGGCCAUCGCUGCUCUCCAGGGUAUGGGCAAGGAGAUCGCUCCUCGCGUCCAGCUCAGCAAGUCCCACACCGCCGGCGAGAAGCGAGAUCUGGCCGGUUUCGACCGCGCUCUGAAGUACGCCGAGGUCGCCCUCACCAAGGGCCCGAAGAUCGAUCUCGGCACCGGCGAGGGUGGCUCCGGAGUUGGCAUCAAGGUCGACAACCAGCAGGGUGGUGCUGCCCAAGCUGGUGCCGGAGGCCAGCGUGCCGCUGCCAGUCUCAAGGCCCGCGCCGAUGAGGCCCAGCAGCCCCCCCGCCGCCGUGCCAAGGUCACUACCAUGUACGUUCGCUCGGGCGUUCCCGAGGGCGUUGAGAUGGCCUCUGAUAAGCUCGUUGCCCGCAACCCCUCCGCCCCCGUUGCCCAGGUCGUCCCCGCCACCUCCAACAACGUCGUCAAGCGCGCACAGGAGGAGCUUGCCUCAAGAGGCGUCAGUGGUAGUGCCAUUGACACCGUCAACCUGAACGUUAGCGGCGAGGGCGUUACCAUGACUUUUGUCGAGACCGAGGCCGACGACGUCGAUGAGCAGCAGUAA